AUGGAAGAAAUGGUGAUCUGGGAACAGUACACGGUGACCCUCAGCCGAGAUGCCCGGAAGGGCUUUGGCAUUGCCAUCUCGGGCGGCCGGGACCGUCCCAGCGGCAUCGAUGGAGACACCUCAAUUAUCAUCUCCGACGUAGUGCCGGGGGGACCGGCCGACGGUCGACUCCUGAACCGUGACAAGAUCGCCAUGGUGAACGGCCUCUCCAUGGAGAACGUCUCGUCGUCUUUUGCCAUACAGACCUUGAAAAGCUGCGGCAAAGUGGCCAAUAUUACAGUGAAAAGACCCAGGAAAAUCCAUCUCCCGGUCACCAGCCAACCCAAGAGCCUACCACCUUCUGGUUCGGCUUCACGAUCCGCCAACGCCGGACACUACGACUCGGAUGAGGAGUACACUUAUCAGGUGGACAAGUCCUUGCCGCCCGAUGCCGAUAGACAUCCCGGCUACAGCCGGCGCCAGGCGGAAGUGGAUCACAACCGAGGCUACGAGGGAGACUCCUCCAGCGAGCGGAGCUCUGGCCGCUACCGCGACGAGGACGACGCUCCCCGCAGGCAGCCGAUCCGGAGCAGGAGGCGAAGCCAGGAUAGUGGCCACCGGAGACGGAGCCAAGACAGCGAUUCCGACCGGCAGCCUUUCGCCAAUGGCCACAGCGGGAGCACGAGCGGGCUGGCGUUGGUGUCUGGGUUCAAGAGGUUGCCGAAGCAAGACUUUCCUAUGAAGCCCGUCCGUUCGACCCUAGUGAAGAGCAAAGAGAGUGAAGAAUACGGCUUGAAGCUCGGGAGCCAGAUUUUCAUCAGACACAUCACGGACACCGGACUGGCGGCGAAGGAUGCUACCCUGCAAGAGGGGGACCUCAUACUAAAGAUCAACGGUGUGGCCAGCGAGAACAUGUCUCUGGAGGAGACGCGGCAGCUGAUCGAGAGGUCGGAAGGGAGGCUGACCUUGCACGUCUUGCGGGAUAACCGUCAGUUUCUGGUCAACAUCCCCCAAGUGAGAGACAGCGACAGUGACAGCUCCCGGCUGGACGACAUCUCCGACCUGGACUCGGAUGGCUCGAUGCCUCCCCCAGCGGGGCGACCCCCACCGCCUCCUGGUUCUCUGCAGAGGAAUUCUUUCCUGUCAAGAAAAAAUUCCAGCAGGGAAGAGGUGGUCCCAGCGGAGGAGUUGACCAUAACCCCAGUUGUCGACCCCCAGGAAACCCCUGUGAACAACAACGAUGCCCGCUCUGGUACCCACCCUUCCCAAGGCAUCAUUGAUGGGUACAGCCCAGAUGCCAAGCUGGUGAGCUUCAUCAAGGCCAAGAGCAUCGGGUUGCGUCUUGCUGGGGGCAAUGACGUGGGCAUCUUUGUGACAGGUGUGCAGGAGGGAAGCCCAGCUGAGACCCAAGGCAUCACGGAAGGGGACCAGAUUCUCCAGGUAAAUGACAGAGUGUUCCACAACCUAACGCGAGAGGAGGCCGUGCAGUACCUCCUGGAGCUGAUGCCGGGCGAAGAGGUGGUUCUACACAUUCAGAAUAAGCAAGACAUCUACAGGAAGAUGAUCAAGUCCAACGUGGGGGAUUCCUUCUACAUCCGCACCCACUUCGACUUUGAGAAGGACGCCCCUUCCGGGCUUAGCUUCACUCGUGGCGAGGUCUUCCACGUGCUGGACACUCUGUACCGGGGUAAAAUGGGGAGCUGGCUGGCUGUGCGGAUGGGGAAGGAGCUUCAGGAGCUUGAGAAGGGCAUCAUCCCAAAUAAGAACAGAGCGGAGCAGAUUGCCAGUCUGGAGAACGUCCUGAAAGCCACGUCGAGCCCCUUCAGUUCCUCGGGGGCCCGGGCUGAGUUCUGGAAGCUACGGGGCUUGCGAGGGGCCAAGAAGAACCUACGCAAGAGCCGGGAGGACCUCUCUGCUCUCACCAAGCAAGGCCACUACCCGCCAUACGAGAGGGUCGUGCUCAAGGAAGCAACCUUUAAGCGGCCAGUGGUGGUUUUGGGACCCAUUGCUGACAUCGCCAUGCAGAAGUUGAGCACUGAGAUGCCGGAUCAGUUUGAGAUCGCCGAGAGCGUCACCAGAGAAGGAGGGUCUGCCAAAGUCAUCAAGCUGGACUCGGUGCGGCAGAUCGCAGAACAGGAGAAGCACGCCUUGCUGGACAUAACUCCCCCAGCCGUGGAGCGCCUCAACUACGUGCAGUACUUCCCGAUCGUGGUCUUCUGCGAGCCGGAGAGCCGUCAGGGGGUGAAAGCCAUGCGGCAGUGGCUGGCGCCCGACUCCAAGAAAAGCUCUCGGCGCCUCUAUGCCCAGGCCUCCAAGAUGCGCAAGCACUGGAGCCACCUCUUCACGGCCACCAUCAGCCUCGCGGGGAGUUCGAACAGCUGGUACCAGAGCCUGAAGGAUAUAAUCCGCGUGCAGCAAGGGCGGCCCAUCUGGACGACUGAAGACCAGGUGGACAUCCCGGCCGAGGAAAGCCUAGACACUUUAAGCCAACCCCCCACUGGCAAUUCCGGCUACCUCACCUGCGACAGCCGGGCCAACAGCGAUUACGAUGAAACGGACGCGGAGGGCGAGGCGUACACCGACCAGGAGCUCGACGAACCCUACGAGGAGCAGGCCCUGGCUCGCUCUUCGGAGCCCGCCGAGCAAAGCCACGAGCUGGACUUGAGCGAGCGGGUGGCCGCGGCUCUGGCGUACCCCAUCGACCGGCAUGAUGGUGACCAACAGCCCGAAGGUCAAUGGAGACAGGACUAUUCUACCAGGGAAUAUGAGCACGAAGCCCUCCGGAAGAAGUUCACGCAGGCGCACGUCUACGACUCCGAGUCGGACCAGGACUACGGUUACGACUGGGGGCCAGCCACCGACCUGUGA